AUGAUCCACAUCUUCUGGUUUCUAACGUCAGAUGUGCUGACAGCAACCGCCAUCGUUCCUAGCGAUUCUCAGCAACUGCAGCAGCCUUGUAGGCGCUAUUCGAUCUCGAAUCGACCGUCACAAGACUGCUCAUCGUUGAAUCUCUCAGCAUUGCCUUCACUUUUCAUGGACGUGAUUUCGCUGAACUUGGCCCACAAUUCUCUCCCAAUAAUCGAUCGAUUCCCAAGAAAUUACAGCUAUUUGCACACAUUGAGGCUUGAAAACAGUGGAAUAAGGAAGAUUUCCGUGCAGGCUCUCUCCUCACUUGACAAUAUUCGUGUACUGGAUCUGUCUCGAAACCAGCUGAGAAGUAUUACAUUCGGUGCGGGACCCAAGUCCAUAACCACCUUGAAUCUUGCACAUAACUCCCUCAGGUAA